GAUAGUAGAAGGUAGCUCUUACCUUCCCCGAGGGUGUAGAUUUUUCUUACCCACAUUGCUUAAACUAUUGUGAAAUUACCACAUUUCUUGUUUUCUUAACACUUCCUCCAUAUGAAGCACGGGACCUGUGUGCUCAGCUGGAUUGGUCCAUCAUAACAACGGUUAUCACUCUGCUAGCUAGCUGCCGAUGUACAGACGCUACAUUCACCGCAGCUAAAGGAGGAGAAGGAACCCCACAGUUCUGACCUGUAGUCCUAAGUAACACGUAAGGCACCAAUUCCCCAGAGGUUCUCAUCUGAUGGAUCAGUGGUUGUCAGUCUUUGUGAAGAGGCACCAUGUUUCCUUGUCAUGUGAGCCCCUGGCCCUCUGCUGAGCCGCCAGCCUCCUGCGGCAGUCAUGCACCUCCAUCACAGUCCUCACAACCUCUGCCGGAUCUGCUGUGCAGCUGCCCUGCUGCACCUUUGAACACCCACUCUGAGACGCCCUCCCCAGACCCCAUGGAGUCCCUCAUUGUGGUUACAGAGUAUGAACCCAGCAGAGCGCCUGGAGAGGCCGGGGAGGAGGAGGUAGAAGAAAUGGACAGUUCUGAGACACCAGAGCCAGCUUCCUCUAUGGCAGCUUCUUUCCGGGCUCCUUCCUGUGACCUGCUGUCCCACACAGUCGGUCGGUCAGAGGCUUUGCUACCGGAAAGCCAAGAGCAAAGGGGAAGAUUAAACCUGUCCGACCGGAAACUUUCCUUGCAGGAGCGCUCACAUACGGCAGCAUCGCCCUGCAGCUCCCCUGGACUAAAUGGGCGCUAUAUUUACCCGUCAUUACCUUACUCCCCCAUCACUUCACCUCACUCCUCUCCACGAUUGUCUCGCCGGCCCACUGUGGAGUCCCACAGUGUUUCAAUCACAGACCUCCAGGACUGUGUUCAACUCAACCAAUACAAGCUGAAAGAUGAGAUUGGAAAGGGCUCCUAUGGGGUUGUCAAGCUGGCUUACAACGAGGACGACAACACAUACUAUGCGAUGAAGGUGUUGUCCAAGAAGAGGCUGAUGAGGCAGGCAGGUUUCCCACGGAGGCCUCCCCCUCGUGGAGCCAAAGCCCCUGAGGGCCCUCCACAGCCAAAGGGACCCUUGGAACGGGUUUAUCAAGAGAUUGCCAUAUUAAAAAAGCUGGACCAUCCUAAUGUGGUCAAACUAGUGGAAGUUUUGGAUGACCCCAGUGAGGACCAUCUGUACAUGGUGUUUGAGCUGGUCAAGCAAGGUGCUGUGAUGGAGGUGCCCACUGAUAAGCCUUUCAGUGAGGAUCAGUCACGUUUUUACUUCAUAGAUCUGCUCAGGGGAAUCGAGUACUUACAUUACCAGAGGAUCAUUCACAGAGAUGUCAAACCCUCAAAUCUGCUGGUAGGAGAAGAUGGACACAUUAAGAUCGCAGACUUUGGAGUCAGUAACCAGUUUGAGGGAGCAGAUGCUCUCCUGACCAGCACGGUGGGAACACCUGCUUUCCUUGCCCCUGAAGCGCUCUCUGAGACCAGAAAGAAUUUCUCUGGAAAGGCUUUGGAUGUUUGGGCCAUGGGAGUAACGCUUUACUGCUUUGUCUUUGGAGUGUGUCCAUUUAUGGAUGAACGCAUCCUCAGUCUUCAUCAGAAAAUCAAGACGCAACCUGUGGAGUUACCCGAACAUGCUGACAUCUCAGAUGAUCUCAAAGAUUUGUCGUUGAAAAUGCUGGACAAGAAUCCAGAAACCAGAAUAUCGAUUCCACAGAUCAAGGUUCACCCAUGGGUGACGAGGCAUGGCGCUGAGCCUCUCCCUCCAGAGGAUGACAACUGCUGUAUGCUGAUCGAGGUGACCGAGGAGGAGGUGGAGAAUUCUGUCAAACACAUCCCCAGCUUGGCUACAGUGAUUCUAGUGCGGACUAUGCUGAGGAAGCGCUCCUUUGGGAACCCCUUUGACUGGGCUCGUAAAGAAGAUCGCAGCAGUUUGAGUGCUUCAGGGCAGCAGCUCAUGAAACAGGAGAGUGCUGAAGGUGUGAGGAGUAUGGACCUGCCCUACGUAGGAGAAGAUGAGGCUCUUUCCUGAUGGAGAUGGUUUGUUUUGCGUGCUGGGAUUUCUCUGCCUGCAACCAUACAGCAUAUCACCCCUUUACUCACAGUUUCAUACUGCCAGUCCACACCUAUGUACACUUCCUGUGAGCUGGAUGGUGUGGCAAAUGCAGAAAAGAGUUCUCUCCACUUUAAAGGCUCAGUAUGAGGUUCUGGGACUUCAGACUGUCACUAGGGAGGAGGGGAUUCCUCCUGACCCCUGAACCUGUUUUCAGCCUUUGUUUUCCCAUUCUAAUCUCCUAAUCUUAUCCUGCAUGCGUUUAUAGUCCCAGCAUGCUCAGUCUCAGGCUUCGACUGUCCAGUUUAGUGUUUUAUCUUAGUCUACCACACGUAGUUCUCCUCGUCUCUACUUGACGAUUCUUUCAGGUACACAGGGCACGGGAGCAGGCAAUGGUUGUCUUCACCGUCACCUCACUGGUUCUCUGUUCUUGACAAUGAUUGUGUGAGUCACUCAGCUUCAGAGUGACAGCACUCAAUUUUGUAAAAUAUUUUAAAGCGAAGUAUCUGUACAGUUUUCCUGAAACUUCAAAAAGGGAGUGAAAAAAAUGUUUACGUCAUUGAAUGCAUGUGUUUACUUCCCCAAUUCAAACACUAUAUAAGCUAACAUUUUGCACGCUCAUAGACAAACUUGUUUCACACAAUUUGGUUGGUUCUUUAUUAAAACUCCCAGAAUCAAUCAAAAGCUUUAAAAAUGUUGAUGUAGUGCUUUGAAAACAAUCAAAUUCACUAUUUCCACGUUCAAGACUACAUAAACAGGAAUGCUAUGAUUUUUAGGUGUUUGCUAUAUAAUAUAAAUCCACAUUAGGUCAUGAAGGUACUGAUCUACCAAAUUAUAAGAGAAAAAGACUGUUUUAAUGCAAAAAAUAUACACUUUACAAAGAAUAAGAGUGUUUUCACACCUAAUGUUUGGUUGAUCAAGGACUAGUUUGCUCCAGUGUUUCACGACUUUUCAAGUUUGGUCUGUUAUUACAUAGGGACAUUAACAAGUAGACCAAAAUAUGUUACAUGCAAAGAAAAUGCCCUCUAAUUGGUAAAUAAACACUUAAACUAUACAGGUAUGCAACUUUGAUGCUUCAACCUAAGAUUAGGAGAAUGACAUUUAUAAUUUAGAGUCACAAGUCUUUAAUAAAUAAGUAAAAUAAAUAAAUUAAAUUACAGGAGAAGCAAACUUUAUUUUAUGUAGCAAAACAAUCUCAAACAACAUGAUGUUACUAAAUUACAUAGAUAACAACCAGCUGCAUUUACAGAACAACAGAAGGAGAUAUCUAACAGGAGCGAUCCAACCAAUUUGUUUACAAAAAGGACCUUAUAAGCUCCUCCACAGUAUCACAUGAGUAUCUGUUGGCCCAGAAUCUUAUAGCCUGGGCAAGAAGCAGCCACAUCUUGGCUGGACUUUUAUUUCUGCUCGGGAACAAGUCAGAGCUUUUAGACUGUCUGCAUGAGUGUCAAAUCUCAAGUGUGGAGAAUCAACAUAAAGAAGGCUUGCACAGUUCUUUCUGUAAGCUGGCUGGCCAAAAAAUUACAGAAAAAUGCUAAACAGUAUAGACAGCCAUAUUUACCUUGUUUUAGCAUAUAUGAGUGUCUACACUAGUAGAAUAUGUUAUUGUGAUAUGAAAGCACCAUGCAAAAAUACAUCAGUUUGAUAAAGUUUUUUAACUUUAUUGGUGGAGCUUUCCAUUUCCACAUUGGUAGAAUAUGUCACAGCAGGCAACAUAAAUGAUGUAUUAAUAUACCUCUGGUUUAUGUUUUCCAAAAUAAAAGCCCAGUUAACAGUUAUGGGGAGAAACUCACCUUAUUUGAACUGAAUGCUUUUACUCUGAAAUUUUCCCAGCUUAGUUAGGUUAAACAGUGAAUAAAUCUCCCGACAAGUGACUUGAUUGAGUUAAAACAUUACAAAGAAAGGUAGGGCUGUGACAGCAGGGAGACGCAGCCAACAGAUGUAACAGUGCAAGCAGGAGCUGACAUGCACAGCAGCUGCAUGAAGCAAAAGCACAGCCAGUCUGAAAUGGGCAUAACAGUCAGUGGCAGAGUAAGCAGAAAGUGUGAGUUUACUGAGCAAUCUCAAAUCGCAUCAUUGUCCCAACAUAAAUUGAUGGGAAUGCACAAUAUUAUCAGCAUGAUAUCAGUAUUGGCAGAUAUGAAAAUAUAUUGACAGUAGAAGUUUGAAGUUGGCUUCAAAUAUCUGAAAAAUGUACAAAUGAUUCAUCAUGUAUUAGUGGUUGCUCAGGUUGCCACAUACUCAAGGAGGCCUUUUAGCUUUGCUUUACUCAGCCUCUCUUGGCACAACAGACACUUGGUGCUUUUUAUGAUUAAAAAAAAAGGUGUGCAUAUAUUAGUGUCAGCUACAAUGACCUUGAAAUAUCGGAUACUGGCACAAAUCUAAUAUCAUGCAUCCUUUUAUUGAUCAUUCAUAGCCUACCUAGGAGUGAUAUCCAGGUAAAGUCUAUGAAAAGAGCAAUGGAUGUUCAUUACCGUUGUAUAAUGUAUAGACAGCAGCCUGAUGAGAGCAAGAACAAAAGGCACUUGUAUGAUUGUUCCUUCAGGUCUGCCUGUGGUUUUUAACACACAUUUUUCUGGCUACAGUAACUUUGAUCCAAAAAGUACAGCACCCCCUGCAGUAAGGUCAGAUCAAGGUCAGUUUGUGUUCUCACUUUAAGAAAACCAUACAAGAGUCCAAAUGGAAGUGGACUGAGACCCACAUUUUCAAGCGGUCUUGGUCAGGUUUCUUUUGGUCAGUGAACAGCUUUAACACCAGUGCAAGCAGAAUGGAGUUUGUGUCAACCAAACUGAACAGGUUAGGUGUGAAAACACCCUCAGAUAUUUUUUCCAUUCAAACUUCAGAUCAGUUCUCGAUGGACUUCAAAGGUUGUGUUGUAGUUCCAGCGGUGUUCUGUAUUUGUUCAUCUUCUCACAGUGGAUGUUUGUAUCUAUUCUGAAAAAAACAAAAGGUGAUUUAACCUCACUUUAAGAUUGUAAAUGUUCUCACACAUUUUCUUGUUUUGUUUUGUAUUGUUUGCAAUACAAAUGUUAUUUUAAGACGGCACAUUUUUCCAUACACCAAAAAUUUCAAUGUGUAUGAUUUUGUAUAGUACUGUAUCUUAACGAAAACAAACCUUUAAACUAGUUGUUAAUGAGCUGUAAGAGCGGACUACAGGAGUACGUUUGGACAUGAAGCAUAGUGCAGCUUCAGACUUUUUUGUACGAAUCUAUGCAUGACAUAUCUAUAGAGGUAUUCCAAUUAUAAACCGUUGUCAUUUCUGGUGGUUGGAAAAGGCCACUCUGCAAAUAUUUAAAAUGAAUUAAUGAAGACCUUUUUUAUUUGUCGAUGUUUUAUGAUCCCAAAGCAGUAAAAGAGCAUUUUUCCACUUUCAUUCCUAUUGUUUAACUGUCAUUUCUUUUCAUAUUUUUCUAAUUUUCUUAAUUGUAUAUUUAAAAUCAUGUGCGUGUCUCAAACGUAGAAACUCAUAAUUAAUUCUUACAUUAAUGCUUCCACACUAAUUACUUCAGCACUAAUGUGUUGAAUUUAUGAGAAAUUAAAAAAGGGAUGUUUUUAUUUUUUACUUGCAUGUCACUGAAGUGUACGCACUGUAUGUCUGUUUUAAAGACUAGUACUAUGCAUAUAACAUCUUAUUCUGCAAGGUGCAAUGUACUGGCUGGAUGAUGAGGGCUGUGUGUAGUUUUUUUCUUACCCCAAAGUUUUCUCCUUAUUGUGGUUUAAGUUGUGCUCCCUAUUCUGGAGGGCUUUAGACUUUAAUAUCAGAAUUAUAAAUUAUUUUUUAAGGAUAUUCAGAACUCAAUGGUAAUAGCCAAUUAUGUUUUUUUAAGCCCAUUAUGAUCUAGUCUGAAAUGAGGUAACACUUCACUGUAUAACAAGUAAUUUUCAAACAGUUUCACUCUGAAGUCAGUAGAUAAAUGCUAGUUUCCUUUCACGGGAGUAUUUUGUUCUCUUUGACCAACAAGAGAAACCCAGAAGAUUUCCGAUCUGAAUGCAAACCACAAAAAAGCUGUAAGAUAAAUAUUUUAUACCUAUAAUAUUUAAACUUGUACUUUGUUUCCAUGCAGUCUCUUUCUGCCCUUUGGUGUCACAAGGGCAGGGCUAUCUGAUUAAUCUUUGUUGUUCACACAAUUUGACAUUCUGUGCUGUAAACUGAUUUCAUGAAGAGCUUUGGGGGCUCUUUCUCCCCUGAAUGCAUGCCAACAUACUGAACGCAUAGCACUGUAUAGUUACAGCAUGAGGAGAGGUCUUUAUCUACAAACAUGGGACCUUUCAGUUAUUCUAUUCAUACUGUAUCCUGUUCAUCAUUUGAAUAAAA